CUAAGAAACGUGACGGGAAAUUAGCGAAUGAAAAAUGCAUGCGUGAACGAACGACUAUACACGCGUGGAGUUCCUCUUCGUCCACGCGCUUUGCUUCUUAAUAGAUAAUCCAGAUAUAAAUCGUACAUUGAUAUUUGAGAACAAUCAGACGAAUCAGUAUGCUCCACUGUAAUAUCAGUCUAAUGUAUAUUAUCGUCUCUCGGUAAUCUAACCGUGGCAAAGCUGAUCUAGGAUGAAUAUAUGCGGUAAACUGUUCUACCCUUGCUGUCAAUAUAAAGGCAAUUAGAAUAUUAGAAGUUACAAUUCGCAAGCGUUGUUGGAUUCAAUUAAAACGCAGCAAUGUUUGCCUGGAUUGUUAGGCACACGAGUAUUUACAUGUUCGUAGCAGGAGCUAUUUUUCUUGAGAUAGCGACAGAUGCAAGUCCCACAGGAUUUCCAUACAAAGUGUGCCCGGGACGACAAAAAGAAGUAGGGACAAGAUUGAAUAAGAAAAAAGGGAAAUAUUAUUGCCUCGGUUGUGACGAGUUGCGAAAUUGCACAAGCGUGUUUGGAAGUGUUCAUCUCAAGGGGAUAACAUUUAAUGACAGAAAUAAACAUUUACGCGACGAAUUGCGGUUUCCAGAGCUUCGAGAGAUCACUGGGCAUCUAAUUGUCACAUUCGUGAACGGUGAUACAAGCUUGAGUGAUAUUUUCCCAAAUUUAGCAGUCAUACAUGGCAGAGUUGAUAGUCUUUUCGAAGGGUACUCCUUAGUCGUUUAUCAAAACAAAGGGCUUCGAAACUUAGGAUUGAAUUCCUUAACUGUCAUCAAACAAGGCGGAAUAAAGAUUGAAUUCAAUGAGAAAUUAUGCUAUUUGGAUCAAAUACGAUGGCAAUCCUUGAGAAAUUACGGAGGGGCUAAAAAAUACGAGUUGAGUCUAAAGAGAAAUUCGAAAGACUGUUUUGCGCAGUGCUCAAGUAAUUGUCAUACGCCAAGUGGCCAUGGAUCAUCCGGUCACAAGUAUUGCUGGGGAAGAGAUAAAAAACAGUGUCAGAAAUUCUGUAUUUCAAAAUGUGGAUCAAGUGGAUGUGAGGAUGGUAGUCAAGAGAAAUGUUGUGAUAAGGAAUGUCUUGGUGGGUGUACUCGAGCUUUCUCUGCAGAUCAUUGUCAUGCUUGCCAACAUUUACGCUUGGAAAAUGGUUCUUGUACCCGGUCUUGUCCACGUGGAUUUAAAGAGCUCGAAAAUUUUAUCUGCAAAAGAAGAUGUCCUUUCGCAAUUCCUUUCGUGUUGAAUGGUAAAUGUUAUAAGGAAUGUCCCGCUGGCUACACGAGGAACCCGAAGAGAGCCACCUGUGAAAAAUGUCCUGAAGAUAACUGCCCAAGAACUUGUCGACCAGAAAAAUUCAAGAGGGGAAUAAAUAUAUUGUCAUUGUCAGACUCUGCCAAACUCAAGGGAUGCACGAUUUAUUCGGGAAACGUGGCGAUCGAAAUGCAGAACGUUAGAGGCGGUACAAAUAUUGCUCAAGUUUUAACGGACCAUCUUGGUAGUCUGGAAGAAAUCAGAGGGCAUGUGGUUGUACGACAAUCUACUCCGUUGAUAUCACUGAAUUUCUUUAAAAAUUUGAGGAAAAUUACCCUGCGGGAUAAUUUCUCAGGUUUCUCAUCUAAGGGAUUGGAUUCGUAUUGA